AUGUUUGAAAACAAACCGGAUGAUAGUCCCGUGUAUCUCGCAACAGCAAGCCAUGAUCAAACCAUCCGAUUAUGGCAAGCCCGAACCGGUCGCUGUUACUUUUCCUUUCGCUAUCCUGAUUUGCAUGUGAAUAGGCUUGAGCUAACCCCUGAAAAGGGUAAACUAGUAGCAGCUUGCAAUCCUCACAUACGACUCUUUGAUCUCAGAUCCUACAACCCUCAUAUACCUGUGAGGAAUUUUGUAUCACACACCAAAAAUGUUAUGGCGGUAGGAUUCCAAUAUACUGGACACAUGAUGUAUUCAGGGUCAGAAGAUGGCUCUGUUAAGAUCUGGGACUUGAGGGUUCGAGAAUGCCAAAGGGAGUUUAGAAGUGUUUCACCAGUUAACACAGUUGUUUUACACCCAAAUCAGACUGAAUUGAUAUCUGGAGACCAAAACGGUAAUAUACGUGUAUGGGAUCUCAGAGCAGAUUUGUGUAGCUGUGAACUGGUACCAGAAGUCGGUACACCUAUACGGUCUUUAACGGUUAUGUGGGAUGGGACAAUGGUGGUUGCUGCUAACGACCGUGGAACAUGUUAUGUAUGGCGCUCCUUGUGUGAAAGACAAACGAUGACCGAGUUUGAGCCCCUUCAUAAGCUACAAGCUCAUAAUAGCCACAUCCUUAAAUGUCUCCUUUCUCCUGGAAACAACAGAUAUCUAGCGACCGCAUCAUCUGAUAAAACAGUCAAAAUAUGGAACCUUGAUGGUUUCAAACUUGAGAAAGUUUUAACAGGUCAUGAAAGAUGGGUAUGGGACUGUGACUUCUCAAUGGAUGGAGAAUAUCUUGUAACAGCAUCAUCGGACACCACGGCUAGAUUGUGGUCGAUGCGAGCGGGAAAAGAAGAGAUGGUGUACCAAGCUCAUCGCAAAGCUACUGUGUGUUGUACACUACUGCGUGAUUAAAUCCUGUAAAAUUAUCAAAAAGGAUAAAUUAUGAUUGUGUUGUUUGUGUUUUAGACAAAUCUUGUACAUUUCGAUUGGAUUUUUCUUCCUAAUUACUCCUCUGAUAUUUUCUUGAUCAGACGUUAAUUCUCUCCCCAA